GACACCUAUUUGUCUAACUUUGAUGUUCGUUCUUCUCUAGGUGGUGAUGCUUCUAUUAUUCCAAUUAGGGGAACAGCGAACCAUCUUUCUAAAUCAGUGAAUGGACGUAAUGUAACUGGACAGUCAGUGCUGUUCAGUAGUAACCAAUAUCAUAGGGGCCCAGAAGAUAAAAGGAAAUCAGAGAAGAUGGCAAGUAGUCAUAUAAUCAAGGGAAUGAAGAAUGCUGAUGGUGGAUUUUUUCCCACGGUCACUGAGGAUGUGGCUGUUCAGCAAGUAUUUGCGAAACCAGAAGGCAGCAUGAAUCCAGAUUGCUGUGAAUGUUCUGAAGAAAUGCAGGCAGCUAACAAGGAGACCAACGUUGGCAAACUGAAGGCAGUAGAUGUUUAUAGAACUGGAGCAAAGUGUGUACCUGGAGAGCUGAGUGACACCCUAAUACCUGGCAUAGAGUAUCACUGUGUAGGGUUAUUACGGGUGAAGCCAGGUCGUGGGGAUAGAACGUGCUCUAUGUCCUGCAGUGAUAAACUGGCUCGCUGGAAUGUGUUGGGGUGUCAAGGAGCCCUUCUGAUGCAUUUCCUGCAGUAUCCAGUGUAUUUGUCAGCAGUGGUAGUGGGGAAGUGUCCAUAUAGCCAAGAAGCUAUGCAGAGAGCAAUUAUUGAAAGGUGUCGGCACAUCUCAUUGUUACCAGAUGGUUUUCUCACUCGGGAGGUUCAAUUGCUGCAGUCAGACCUUCAGUUUGAACAUAGCCGUCAGGCCAUCCAAGAAGGUCAGAUUAGCAGCAAAAGGAAACUUGUUCCCUGUAGCGCAGCUAUCAGUUGGAGUGCAGUUCCAGAGCGACCUCUGGAUGUCACCUCAGAUGGCUUUCGGCAGGGAACUACAAAGAAGGGGAUUGGAAGCCCUCAGAGCAGGUUUGAGAAUACUGUGAUAUCUGGAUGCACAUCUUAAUUUUCAGCCUCUCCUUUAGGUCACUGUGGUGUGUGAUGCAUUGUUGGAGCAGAAACUUAAGGUCUGGGAAUAAGUAAAUAUUGUGUAAGGGAGAGAAAGUGAGAGGAACUCACUUUCUUUAAGGGCUGAGAAGUUUCCUAUUUCUUGCUUGUUGCUGUUAAUAAAGAAAAACGUUGUUAACAAUGUUGGUGUGGAACUAUGAUAAUUUUUUAUUA